AACGGGGAUCUAUUCACCAAACUCUCCUCAGCCCUCCCCUAUAAAAAGCCCUCUCCCUUCUCUCCUUAAACCCAUCCUUCGCUUCUUAAUCUUCAUCUGCCUGCCUCUUAAACCCCAUCACUUUCUCUGUCUUCAUUCGCUCUUCUACAAUGGCUCAAUCCAACGCCGUCGUUUUGGUGCUAAUGGCUGCCCUCUUGGUGGCCUCAACAAGGGCACAAUCCCCUGCAUCUUCCCCAGCCAAGUCCCCUGCAUCUGCCCCUUCUCCUUUGAGCACUCCACCCGCCGCCGCUCCUUCUCCUUUGAGCACUCCACCCGCUGCUUCACCUUCUCCUUCGAGUACCUCACCUUCUCCUUCGGGCACUCCACCCUCGGCUGCUCCUUCUACAUCUCCGGUCGCAGACUCUCCACCUUCUCCCCCAUCGUCUUCUCCUGAAUCUCCCGCCACCUCUCCCCCUUCUUCGGUCUCGGGAUCCCCCACAGAAUCUCCUGCACCUAACGGUGCAGUUUUGAACAGGUUCUCCUUCGCUGGAUCCGUGGCCGUUGGUGUUUUCGCUGCCGCCAUGCUUAUGUAAAGAGGGAAAGUACAGCGGGGGUUUUAUGAAUUUUAAUCAUUUGUUUUGUUGUAUUUAAUUUACCAUCUGAUUAAUUCAUUCAUUU